GGCGGGUCUUAGAGUGACAUCAGGAGCCCUGCACCCCUCCUGGUUUAUAAAUGCUGCAUGGGUCUCUGCACGGAGCACUUUCCGAACUCAGAGGGACUCUGUAGCUGACAAGAGUGGGUCAGUCACUGCUGCAACAAUCAUGGCACCAGGAGCAAAGAAGGGCAUUUUGGAGCGUCUGGAUGCAGGCGAGAUCGUUGUCGGGGACGGAGGCUUUGUCUUCGCUCUUGAGAAGAGGGGCUAUGUGAAGGCGGGGCCGUGGACACCUGAGGCUGCAGCCGAGAACCCUGACGCAGUGCGGCAGCUGCACCGGGAGUUCUUGAGAGCAGGCUCCAAUGUCAUGCAGACAUUCACUUUCUACGCAAGCGAUGAUAAACUGGAUAACAGGGGCAACAUUCAGCGCUUCACUGGGCAGCAAAUAAACGAAGCCGCUUGUGACCUGGCCAGGGAGGUGGCCAAUGAGGGUGAUGCUCUGGUGGCAGGAGGAGUCUGUCAGACCCCCUCUUACCUCAGCUGCAAGAGUGAGACUGAAGUAAAGGCCAUCUUUAAGAAACAGCUUGAUGUCUUUGUCAAGAAAGACGUGGACUUCCUGAUUGCAGAGUACUUUGAGCACGUGGAAGAGGCUGAGUGGGCCAUCCAGGUUUUGAAGACCACCGGGAAGCCUGUGGCUGCGACUAUGUGUAUUGGACCUGAAGGAGACUUGAAUGGCGUCAGCCCCGGAGACUGUGCCGUCAGACUCGUCAAAGCUGGAGCUCAGAUUGUGGGCAUCAACUGCCACUUUGACCCAGAGACCUGUGUGAAGACUGUGAAGAUGAUGAAGGAGGGAGUAAAGAAAGCCGGGCUGAAGGCUCACUACAUGAUCCAGCCGCUGGCUUACCACACUCCUGACUGCAACCACCAGGGUUUCAUCGACCUGCCAGAGUUCCCUUUCAGUCUGGAGCCGAGGAUCCUGACCAGAUGGGACAUGCAGAAAUACGCCAGGGAAGCAUACAAUGCUGGCAUCCGUUACAUCGGAGGCUGCUGUGGAUUUGAACCCUACCACAUCCGUGCCCUGGCUGAGGAGCUGGCACCUGAGAGGGGUUUCCUGCCUCUUGGCUCUGACAAGCACGGCAACUGGGGCAGUGGCCUGGAGAUGCACACAAAGCCAUGGGUCAGAGCUAGGGCCCGUCGUGACUACUGGGAGAAUCUGAAGCCUGCGUCUGGCCGUCCAUUCUGCCCUUCCAUGGCCUCUCCUGAUGGUUGGGGUGUCACCAAAGGCCACGCUGACCUGAUGCAGCAGAAGGAGGCCACCUCCAAGGAGCAGCUAAAGGCUCUCUUUGACAAGGCCAACAAAACCCACUGAGCUCUCCCUCCGAGGCAUCUUGUUUUAUAAGAGAAGGCGUCCUCAAACAGUCCCUGAGGUUUACAUGCCAAAAAGUUCGAAAUGCUGAAGUUCUUUCUGUCUUUUUUUAGGACCAUGUGUACUCUGUGGAAGACUAGUAUCAUGCUGAAACUUUAUAUUGGCUUUCCAGCCUUAACCAACAAUGUGCCUGUUUUUGUAACACAACUUGUGAAGUUACUGUGGCUGAAAACUCAAAAGCAGCUGUGAAUGCACUUAAAGUAAUGCCUUAACACUCCAAACAUACCGAAUGUUGUCUUCAGAAGAAUUAAAUGAUGUGUAGCAAUAAACUAAUUGAACAGAA